AUGAGUCUCACACUGCGGUGAAAGGGCAAAUAGUGCGUGUGUUCCCUACUCAUUGCAGUGAAUAGUGAUGGCCGCAGAGAGCGUAGUUGAGUUCCCAGAUUUUCCCGUGAAGAGGCAAAGGGAAAACGAAGAAGAAAAUGGGGUCUCAGAGACUGUUUCUACGGUCUCAAAGGACCUUCAGUCUCAUGGUAUAUCAACUGUUAUUCCUGGCUGGUUCUCUGAAAUUAGCCCAAUGUGGCCUGGGGAGGCACAUUCUUUGAAGGUGGAAAAGAUUUUGUUUCAGGGAAAGUCUGAAUACCAGAAUGUCAUGGUCUUCCAGUCAUCAACUUAUGGCAAGGUUCUUGUUUUGGAUGGAGUCAUUCAGCUCACUGAAAGGGAUGAGUGUGCCUACCAAGAGAUGAUCACUCAUCUUCCACUUUGCUCUAUUCCAAAUCCCAAAAAGGUUUUGGUUAUUGGUGGAGGAGAUGGUGGAGUCCUGCGCGAAGUAUCACGCCAUUCUUCAGUAGAAAAGAUAGACAUCUGUGAAAUAGACAAUAUGGUUGUUGAUGUCUCCAAACAAUUUUUCCCUGAUAUAGCAGUAGGUUUUACUGACCCACGUGUGUGGCUUCAUAUUGGUGAUGGAGUUGCAUUUUUGAAGGCAGUUCCAGAAGGAACUUAUGAUGCAGUUAUAGUGGAUUCAUCUGACCCUAUUGGUCCUGCUCAAGAGCUUUUUGAAAAGCCCUUUUUUGAGUCAGUUGCAAAGGCUCUCCGUCCAGGAGGAGUUAUGUGUACUCAAGCAGAAAGUAUAUGGCUUCAUAUGCAUAUUAUAGAGGACAUUGUGGCGAAUUGUCGCCAGAUAUUCAAAGGUUCUGUGAACUAUGCUUGGACCACUGUUCCUACAUACCCAAGUGGGAUGAUUGGUUUUAUGCUUUGCUCAACUGAGGGGCCUCCUGUUGAUUUCAAGCAUCCAGUGAAUCCUAUAGAUGAGAAUGAUAGUCAGCAGUCAGAAAGACCAUUGAAAUUUUACAACUCUGAGAUUCAUACUGCGGCUUUCUGCUUGCCAUCUUUUGCUAAGAGGGCGAUUGGUUCUAAAGCAAAUUGAGAAUAUUUUUAUGGGAUUGAAGGAGCACCCAUUGAAUGAUCCACAUGUCAAUGAACCAUGGAAUAAGUUAAGCUUCAAGUUGACAUUGAAGAGUAACUUUUAUUUCAUGAAAUGAGUUGUAGAUGAUGGAUUUAGUUGCUAGUUACUUUCCUCGUAAACAUUGUUGACAAUAUGGUACUUUGGUUAGCAGUCAAGAAGACUUU